AUGACCAGUACUCAGUGCUGGACUCAUCUGCAGGCCGACUUGGGUGAUCUCAGCUCGCUGUCGACUUGGAACGACGGCAUGAAGUGGCUGCUUCUAGUUGUCGACGUCUACUCCAAAUUCAUCAUGGUCGCAGCAUUGCCUGAUAAACGACCUGUAUCGGUUGCCGAAGCUAUGCGUAAAAUGUUCACAAAAUGGAUUCCGUUUAAUCUGCUCACCGACAAGGGCAAGGAGUUCACCACCGGUGCCAUGCUACAACUCUACGCAGACCUGAAAAUUAACCAUUUCACUCUACGUGGCAGCGACCAGAAGGCCCAAGUAGCCGAAGCUCAUCUGAAGACUAUCAAGUACAAGAUUUACCGUUACUUUACGCAUAACAAUACCCGACGUUGGGUGGAUGUCGUGCAACAAAUUGCCGAAUCACUGAAUAAAACUCGCAGCACCGUGACUGGGAUGCGUCCGGUUGACGUGAAUUUCGACACAAAAAUGCCAAAUCAGCAACCACAAAUUGCCGACAUCUCAAAGUUCGAGAUUGGUGACACUGUGGUACUUUCUAAUCGUCGUGAGACGUUUCAGAAGGGGUUCCGCAGCUUGUGGGGCUCUGAACUGUUUGUCGUGCGACAGAUUGACAUGCGUGUCCCGGUCACUUAUCGUGUCUCCGACUUGAACGGUAAGAAGAUUGAAGGAAGAUUCUACGACGCCGAGCUGCAGCGAGCCGAGAAUUCUGAUGGCGUGUACAAGGUUGAGCGGAUCCUUGACGAGCGACGUCGAAAAGGGAAGCUGGAAUACCUGGUCAAAUGGCUCGACUAUGACGACGAGUUCAACUCUUGGGUGCGAGCUGAAGACGUUAUCGACCUGAGAACGCAUCCUUCUGAA